AUGUGUUCAUUGUGUUCUAGUGCCUUUCAAGCAAUGGACAAUACUCAUACAAUUGAUUGUGUCACUGUCAAUGAUACUCAACGCAUCCUGACAGGUGGCUGUUGGCGAUGGUGUCGUCAUCCUCAUUUAUUAGCUGAACUAUUUAUGGUUAUAGGUUGGUCACUACCAGCUGGUGUAAAUCAUUUAUCACCAUGGCUUUAUGCAUUCUAUAUCAUCGGCAUGGCUAUCUAUAAAGCGCAUUAUUUUGAUCGAGCGCUUCAAAAUACGUGUACAGAAGGUGCUUAUGAACAUUAUAUUGCCCAUGUAAAAUAUACACUUAUUCCAUUUGUCUAUUAA